GAAAGGAAAUGACGUUUGGAAGCAGGUAAAGGGUGUAAGUGUUGGCAGUUUCACAGUUUCGUGGGAGAGACCGGCUGUAAACUGUGCUGCAUCGGUGCACAGCAGAGUCAACUGAAACAGGCUACACGGAGAGAAAUUCAACUGCAUCCAAAAAUACUCAUCACUUGUACUCUUUUCAUCAGUUGACAUAUGACCAAAAUAUGCAUUGCACAAUAGGGCUGUAAUCAAAGCUGAUGGAUUCCCUUGCUGAAAGAUGUUGGACUGCAGUGACGGGGGGCAUCAAUUUUGGGUACAAGUGAGAGAACCCCUAACCAAAAUAUCUGGACACUAGAUGGCAGCCAUAUUGAGGGUAGAGUCGGUGAACAGGUAUCCAGGAAGUGACGUCACUAACGCCGGAAGCCGGAGGGGGGAGCUUCAGAGAGCAAGAUGGCAGCGAAAUCUGAUGGCGUGGGGGUCGUUACCGGUUUCGCCCAACUGCACAACCUGGACGAAACGGUGGGGAACGGCGAAGGGGAACCCGGAGAGAGCAGCUCCAUUCACAUCUGUCAUUGCUGCAACACCUCGUCGUGUUAUUGGGGCUGCCGGAGCGCCUGCCUUCGUUCUCUCCUGGGGAAGGGGAAAGAAGCCAGGCGGCCGCCGCCGCAGGAGGAGCGCCUGUGGCUGGACUGCCUGUGGAUCGUCCUGGCGCUGUUGGUCUUCUUUUGGGACGUGGGCACGGACCUGUGGCUAGCCGUCGAUUACUACUCCAAGCGGGACUACCUUUGGUUCGGGUUGACCCUCUUCUUCGUGCUCGUCCCGUCGGUGCUGGUCCAGAUCCUGAGCUUCAGGUGGUUCGUGCAGGAUUACACCGGGGGAGGUUUGGGGGCGGUGGAGGGGCUCAGUAGCCGGCGAGCUGCGGCUGGCUUCGGCGCUGGCGCCCAUGGCAGGGACAGGUGCUGUCGGAUAUCCGUGUGGAUCUGGCAGUCUGUCAUACACAUCCUGCAGAUGGGACAAGUAUGGAGGUGUGAGUGUAUGAAACUGGCAGGAGGAAAAGAGUUCGGGGUCAUAGGGGAGCCGAAGCCUAUCCAGGUAAACAACAGGUGCAAGGCAGGAUACACCUUGGACAGGAUGCCACUCCAUCAAAGGGCGGACCAUCUCAAAGAGAGACACAUCCAGUUUUCCCAGAAACCAGUUAACCUACUGGUAUGUUUUGGGAGGAAAUUGGAGCACCUAGAAGAAACCAACAUGAACAUAGAAGCUCCACACAAGUAGCACCCCAGGAAUUGAACCUGCUAGGCAGCUUACCACUGCACCACUGUGUGGACUGUGAACAAUCAUAAAGUAACUUAAUCAUAUUAUUUUGAAAAUAUUUAUGUUAAACAGGUGUCUUCCAACUUUCUUGGCAGUUUGGUCUUCCACAAAGUUAAAUCAAGCGGCCUAAAAUGAACAGGAAUUUCACAUCAUGGGCUAGAAAAGUUGUGCCAGAAGCACUCAAUACAAUGGUGCUCUUUUCAAUCAAUGCAUUUCAAAGAAAAAGAGGGGCUAAAAACUGCGAUAUGUGAAUCCUUAAAAUAAUCAAUUCUGAAAUUUUUCUCAUGAUCAUUUCAUUCUUAUGGUUAACUUGCUGAGGGGAGUUUUGGAGUAUAUUCUUUAGAAAGUCAAAGGUUGGCUAUAUUUGAGAUGUUAGCCAGUAAUACAUCCAACAAAAUAAAACGAAGCAGGAAGCUAUCAUUCCAGAGCAAGAAAAAUCAUUCAUGGGAUAUUGGUUGCAAGAUAAUGAUCUACAGCAUAGUAUUUUCUAACUUGGGUAAAUAUAUCUCUUUCAAUGCAAUUAUGCAAACUAUUUAAAAUAUUCAUGCUUAUCUUCUUUCUUUGUUCUCUGUUGAAAGAGCAUCAUGUCUAUUUUUAAGAAAAAAGAUAAAAUGAUUCCUUAGGAAACCCAGUGAGCUCACUAAAAAAAUAAAAUCCCACCUGGCACUGUAAUCCUCUGAAAGAUGCAAGAGUACAUUCGAGAUGUUAGCAUCACUCCAACUGCAUAGUAGUUAGAGACAUUUUUGGUUCUCUGUGUUUUGUACUAAUUGUCUUUUUAUUAGUAAAUCUGCCGAGUUGUGUAUGUUAAGUUAGAAGUUCUUCCCACCAAUUCACUUCUCACAUUUGCCAGUAUUUUGUAAAUGCCAGCAUGCAAAUAGAUCCAACUGCUACAAAGUGGGAAGAAGUCACAAUAAUGUAAGGUUGUGUGUCCUGGUCGCAAAUAAACACAAAGAACUGAAAAAAAUAAAGAUCUCUUCCUUUUCUGUAAACCGUUUCUACAAUAUGCAUUAUAAUAUAUGUUUUUAUCUGCACUCCGGAUUACUAGGUGGGAAUUAGAAGAUUAGAAGAUUACAGUUUAGUUUAUCUAACUGUAAUGAAGAAAAACAUGUGUAAUUAGAUUGGCCACCAUCCCAGCAGCUUUGAUAAUGCGACACAGUAGUGCCAGUUGGAAGUUUUUCUUUAUUUCUUCAGGAUUUAUUUUUGGGUGGAUGAUCCUGCAUCACAAACUGUAGUGUGCUACUGCCGUAGACAUUAGUGAAGUGAUUGAA